AUGUGGGUGGCACCGGAACCGGGCCUGUUUGCAUACUGGACCGUGAUUGUGCUUUCCCUGAUGGCCACACACAUUAUGGUCUAUACCCACCGACGAUGCGUGGCGGAGAACACGCAGCAACAGGCCCUGCGAUCAUCUGAAGCCGAAGCCCUCGCGCAUCACGCUUUUCGCACACCAGCUGGCUACUUUCGGCUCAACCGUGCCGGAGUUGGUAUCAUGGUCUUUCAGUUUCUGCUUAUCAUCUGCGCCAUCAUCAUUGGCUCAAUCAUCACGGCAUACACAUUUCACAUCAAGGGUUUGGUGGCAUGGCUGUUGAAUGAGGACGACUUUGCCAUUGAUCGAACCUAUUCUCUUUGGAGCAUGUUCAUGAACCUGCCAGACUCGAGUCCUCACCCCAACGGCGUGACCAUCCGAGCCAUUCAGGCCCUCUACCUCCUCUUUGCCUUUAUCGUCCCCAUUCUGCAGCAGAUCAUGCUAGCUGUUUUAUGGUUAAUGCCUUUGCGGCCCCGCAGUCAAGAACUCGUUUAUUGGUUCUCAGAGAUUUGCUUUGCCUGGUCUGCACUUGAGGUUUACUUGCUGAGCAUUAUUGUGGCUCUGCUUCAGCUGCCACAGUUGGCUCAAUUUAUCAUUGGCAGCAAAUGCGAUGCCAUCAACGCACUUUUGCGAACCCUAUUCGAGCCCGUUUUGGGAAACGAGAGCAUGUGCUUUGACGUCAGCACCGAAUUGAAUCACGGCACGCUGGUGUUGGGCCUGUGCGUCUUGCUCAAUUUUGUGGUGACCAUCAUUGUCAUGCGCAUGUCACGCUUUGCCAUCAAUGAUCGCAACAGCAGUAAGCAGGCUUUGUUGCUCAACGAUCCGCUGCCUAGUCACCGUGUGGGUAGUGAGAAGGACCCUUUGCUGUCGCAUAGCUCCGGCAGCGACGGCGCCCGUAAACACGGGCAGGCUGAGGCCGAGACCCAGGCCAGCAUUAUCUUUCGCCUCGGGGAGCGGUUGGGCCUCUUGGAGCGAACCACCGAAACCCAAGAGCAGGAGCGCUUUAUCAUCGAUUAGAGCUGUGGAGAGAAUUGCGCUUAGCUUGACGUUUUCUGACUAUGCACCUUUGAACCUUGCCCCGGAAUUGCCGGUCGACCCAUCAAAUGACACAACAAUAGUCGAGAACGAAGUGUGAGAGGUAUCCUAAGAUUAUUUUAUGCAAAUUGAUUUUUUUUUUUUUUC